UGCCCAGUUGGUGUUGCUGGGCGGAAGAAGCGGCGAUGUCGCUGGUGCCGGCGCUGCAGACCGGGGGAGAAAUGGCCAGGCGAGGAGGUCGUGCCCUCCUCUGCAAGGAGCUCCAUGCCCGCGUCUGCUCCUGCUGGGCUCCCGCUACUCCGCCUGCCACCAGCCAAGGCGGGGAAGCUUAUGCGCCGACCAGCUGCAAGGCUGGUUGCCCUGGGUUCAGCAGCUACUCCUACCAGCCCAUUGGUUGGUGCAAGCAGCCAGGGGCUAUUCUGUCUCGGUUUUCUCGUAGAUGGCGGGGCGUGGGCACCACCCUGGUGCCCUCUGGGCACGUUUACCGCUGCCGGAUAUCUAAAGCCUGCAUGGAUCAACUCAGACCUUGGGAUCCGUGCCAGGGACUUGGUGCUUGCCAGGCCCUACCACGCUGUUGGUACCAGGGUGUUGGCACCCUUCUGAGCCACCCCACGCAAAAGGGUCCGUGUCAGACCUUUUGCAGCAGCUUAGCCCACCCAAGCUCUACACACCAGCCUCUUAGUGCCAGCCUCAGGUCACCUUGGCUUAUGAGGAUCCUGUUAAGGACGUACAGCCAGUCAAUCACUGGACAACAUUGUGCCAGUCUACCUUGGUGGCCCAAGCAGCCGGCUUCUUCCCUUUUCCCUGCUCCAAGAGUGGGCGAGCAUAGUUACCAUGCCAGUCGCCCAGCAGACACUGAGUGCCACGUGGUGGAUCUGCGCAGUGACACAGUGACUCAGCCGAGCCCUGAGAUGAGGCAAGCUAUGGCCCAGGCAGAGGUGGGGGAUGAUGACUACGGGGAGGACCCCACGGUCAAUGAGCUGCAGAGAGUAGUGGCUGAUCUCCUUGGAAUGGAAGGGGCUUUGUUUGUUCCCACAGCCACCAUGGCAAACCUCAUUGCUGUCAUGUGCCACUGCCACAGGCGAGGGGCGCAGCUCCUGCUUGGGAGGGAGUCCCACAUCCAUGUGUUUGAGCAAGGAGGGAUUGCACAGGUGGCGGGGAUCCAUUCAGAGGCAUUACAGGACCUGCCCAACGGGACCAUCAGUCUGGAUGAACUGGAGCAGAAGAUCCAGCGGGCCCACCAAAGCCAGUACCACCCCCGCCCUGAGCUCAUUUGCCUCGAGAACACGCACAGCUCGGCCGGGGGAAGGGUGCUGCCCCUUAAGUACCUGCAGGAGGUGCACCAGUUGGCCCAGAGAUACGGGCUGCGGGUUCACAUGGAUGGCGCCAGGGUGCUUAACGCUGCCGUGGCCUUGGGAGUGCCGCCGGCUCAUAUCUCGCAGCACUGCAACUCCAUCUCCCUGUGCCUCUCUAAGGGUGUGGGAGCACCAGCCGGGGCACUUCUUGUUGGAAGCGGAGAGCUGGUCGCCGAAGCCUGGCGCGUGCGGAAGCUCCUCGGAGGCGGGAUGCGCCAGGCAGGGGUCCUGGCAGCCGCUGGCCUGGUUGGAUUGAGCCGUGUGGAAGAGACGCUGAAGAGGGAUCAUCACAAUGCCAGGCGCUUUGCCCAAGGCGCCUUUGCCCUGGGCUCGCCUCUCUGCUCCGUAAACCCCGCCACCGUGGAGACCAACAUCGUCAUGGCAACCGUCUCGGCUCCUGGGCUGACCCCUGCCAAGCUGUGUGAGCUGAUGGAGGCCGUGAGUGCGGAGGAGGUGGCCGCCACAGGCCAAGCCGUCAGCGUGAGGCUCUUCCCGUGGGGCGAGCGUGGCCUGCGCGCCGUCUGGCACUGCGACGUCUCCCUCCAAGACACGCAGCUGGCUGAGGGCAAGUGGCGCUUCGUCCUGGGCAAGUGGGAGCAGCAAGGCGCCAGCAUACCCUGAAGCCAGCCUGGCGGGCCGGAAUUGGUGCUCAGGACGCCAGCCUGAAACAAGCCAGGGCGUGCUGAGAAGGCAAGACUGUGAUUGGUCAGGCCUGGCCUAGCUAAAAACGUUUCCCACAUGGCUCUAGCCCUAUCUGGCUCUACAUAGGAGAGAAGCGGGCUUCAGCUUCCCAAGCCACCUGCUAUGGGGGAACAGCAGUGGGAGAGCCUGCCCGUUUCCAGGAGUGGCUCUGGCAGCCAACAGAUUCUGUUGCCAGACCAAAGGAGCUGCAUCACUUCAUGGCCUGGCA